AUGACGUCGUUGGCUAAGAAUUUGCAAGUUUUGACAAAAUUAAAACCUCGACCGGUAAUUACAUGGGACAAAGCAGAAAGGAUAAAGAGGAAUCAGGAGAUAUGGAAGGAUCCUAAAUCAGUAGUGCAUCGUCUACCGCUUCAUUAUCAGAAGAGAUACUGGGCCAACAUCUUGGCUGACCAGACUCCAGUUCACUAUGAACCCCCACAAAGCAGAUAUAUGUGGGAUUCGCACAGGAAAGUAGAGGUCGAACUACAGGUGAGUUAACUGUUAAUACGAACACCAAACAUAACUGUCACAUUCUAUUCUUUAGUUAACUGGUAGACAUCAAAUAUGAACUGUCUUUUUACGGAUGACUUGACUUUUUUCAGGAUUAUCCGAUCAGACCGAUAAGGACAGUAGAACAAGACAAGGGUCUAUGGGGUGGGGAGGGUGUGGUAAAAGGAUAUAUCGAAUCUAGACCUUUUGUCAGAAAGAAGAUUUUACCACGCCAUUGGAUUCCUCAUUGGUACUUUCCGAAUGUGACACCCAAGUGUUUGUAUUCUGAGGUCUUGGACAAGUACAUGAAGAUAAACGUGACUAGUAGGAGUUUUGACUUGAUCAACAAAGCCUACGGUCUUGACUUGUAUCUGCUAACAACACCAGAGAUCGAUAUUGAUUCUAAAUUGGGAAUGAAAUUGAAACGACACAUAUUAAUCGCUUUGGCCAAGGAAGAGUAUUAUCCAGAAGACGAAGAGAAACACGAGUAUAUUAAACAGAAGUACAGUGCCUACAAGAUACCUUUAGAGGAAGCUGAAUGGGUUGGACUAGAUCUGAACGAAGCCGCUAGGAAACAGCAGGAUAUUGAAGACAACACUGCCUCUAUGCCCGAAAAGUAUAUAUUGGAACAGGAGUUGUUGGCUAAUCUGUCAGCUGGCAGGGAUUUGGCUACAGAAGAACAGGAAUACGUGCCUAAAAAGUCGAAAUCCAUGUUUGGAGAACGACUGGUCGGCGAAUACAUGAAGCCGAUCGAAGAGAAAGUCCGCCGAUAUUAG